GCUUACCCAGGAGACUCCGGGCCACAAGCCUGCUUUGGAAAGGAAAAACACAAACUGCAAUUAAUCUGCUUCAAGAUGAUGUCCUCGUCGCAGACCCAGGCACUAAAUGUCAUUACAGCAACCUCGCCUUCUCACUGUUGGCUCAUGUGAUGGCCGAGCGAGUGGCUGCCGUGGACUACCAGCGCUGGAUCACAGACAACAUCCUGGAUCGGCUGGGGAUGGAGGACACUGGCUUCGACAUCACCCCAGGGCUCCAGAGCCAGGUGGCCGUGGGAGUGUACUCCAACGGGAAGCCGGCGCCACUCUACGACCUGGGCUGGUACCGGCCCUCAGGUCAGAUGUUUUCCACUGCUGCAGACAUGGCCAAGCUCGCUAUGAUGCUGCUGGGCGCAUAUCACCGCAAGAUGCUAGAGCCAGACUCAUUGAAGAUCAUGCUGACCCCCCUCUUCAGGUGUGAAAAGGACUACUUUGCCAACCGUACUGGGACGCCAUGGGAGGUGAAUGAGUUCAUGGGCUACGAGAUGGUUCGUAAAGAUGGCGAUCUGGACGGGUACUCUGCCACCUUCUCCCUGGUGUCAAAACUGAAGCUCGGUCUGGUGGUGUUAAUGGCUGGUAGCCGGUCUGAGAAGCAGGACCUGGUCACUAAGGCCUACUCCUACAUCAUACCAGCUAUAGAAAGAGCCUUUAGGGAUGCUACAAAGGCCCUUAAUCCUCCGCCAAAACCAGAACCUUACAUCGGCUUUUUCACCUACAGCAACAUCACCUUCUAUGAGAUCAAAGUCGGGCCAGACGGCGUUCUGAUCAUGCAACAGUUUGGGCCUCAAAUUGAAGAGCUGAUCCCAGAGAAGUACAGGACAAUAAAGCUGAACUACCUGGUGGACCGGGUGUUCAGAGUUGUUUUUGAAAAAGAGUACCCUUGUGUUUUGCAAGUAGGCACAGCCUCAGUGUCCCUGGAAGCCCAAGAUGGCCAGCUUUUUAACUUCUACAUAUUUGACAAGCGUGGUUUGUCCCCUGGCUUCGAUGCACCAGGACUUAACACGUACAAUGUGGUAAGAAUAGCCCGCAGACCAACUUUCUCGAGCUGAACUGCAGUGAUGCUUCGACCUAAAGACAACUGGUAUGUCCUUGGGACAUGUCAGGUGUUGUAAACAAAAAGAGGUGUGAAUACUAAAAGACUAAAUGGAAAAGUUGGUAUCAAUUGUGUGGACAAAGAUAGGAUUGUGCUCUUGAUAAACAAAGAGCACAGAGAGUGACGGCAUAAUGAAUAAUGUCUUGCAAGGGAAAUAUAUGCUUUCCCUGAGAAAUUAUGUAUAUGACUGUCCUUCAUUAUGGAUCCCAACUGAACAUUCACUUUAUUGUGAUAUAUGCAUUUGUUUUUCCUGCCUUCUUUCAAACCACUGUAACAUUGUCUUGGUCUUUUCUGUCCUUGAAUUUCAAUGAAAGAGAAAAGCAGAACUCUGGUUCUCAACAAACUCCUGUUCUGGUCAUGUAUAUGAAUAUCAACAUAGACAUCCUUUUCAAUUAUUGAACUAUGACUGCUAUUUCUAAAAACCCUAACACCAAGCACAUACAUAUUCACAAAAUUGGUAAGGGGAACAAAUAUUUAAUUUCUUUGUUACUAUGAACUCUGCUUGUGGCAGCUAGAUCGUAUUUAUGAAAAUGCAUCACGUUAUUUAAAUGUGGAUGUUGCCACAGGUAGAGUGCUGCCUAUUAAAUUAUUGAAUUGAAUGAAUUAUUCAUGAAAAUUAUUUUGGUUCCCCAAUGAGAGGUGACUAGGGACAGAGAGGCUUUUGCUGCUUGUGUGACUUCUUGCUGUUUAACCCUUAGAAAUGGACUCUAAUUUGUCCGAAGUCCCAACCUCUAACUCCAGUAUGAAUAAUACACUGCUCUGCUGCAGGUGUAUCCAAGUGUGCAAAAAUAACAAUCAUAAAGCAAAGGCUGAUGUUUAACCUUUUAUAUUAGAUUGUGUGUCGGAUGGAAAUGGAAUAUGAAAAUGUUGCUUAGGCUUGGAGCACCAGGUGCAACGAGCGAAAUUAGGGGAAUGCUGAGAAAUUAACCUACUAUUUCCAUUUCAUCCGGCUGUGGGUGGAAAUAUUGAAACAGCAAUUCAGCUAUGUAAUGCAAUGUUGUCACGGGCCACAGAUGAAUUCUGAUGCAUUGUAAGAGUUAAAAUGAAGUCAUGGGUCAUGCAGUAUUGUAAGUCAUACUGAAACAAAACUGCCCCAACAUGCAAAGGAUACUUUGAGAUGAUCUGCUGCUAUGGUUAAGACUUGUUAUUUUGGAUGUAAUAUGAGGCUUUUAAGCUUUCAGAAAAGCAACCUUCCCAAUGCAACCAUGAUGAUGAAUAAAAUGCUGCAUUCAUGUUUCA